AUUACACUUUUAAAUAUCUCAUUUGGAAAUCUUGUUUUCACAAAUAAUCAUGACAAGCGUCCUUUCUUCGAGAAAUCCAGAGGGAACAUACAGUUUUGCUAGUCAGCCCAAAGUGGUUUCAAGGAGAAAAAUUUAUCGAGAGAAUAUAGAAGAAGAUAUAAACAGUAACUACGGAAAUAUUAUGUACGAUAGAAGAGUAAUCAGAGGAAACACAUAUGCUUUGCAUGUAUUGCCUGCUCACGCUCAGCCCGAUCCAGUUGAAAUUCAGAAACAAAUAGAAAGGAAACGUAACGCUAUCGCUCGUCGUAGAAUGCGUGAAGAACUCAGACCAAAAUCCCCAUUACCUCUAGAUGGUAGACUUCAUCAACCAGUUCAAACAGAACUUUACCUGGAAGCUCUUACGGAACAAAUCGAAGAAGCAGAUGAAACUUGUCAGACCGACGACUUUCUUGACAGACCACCUACUCCUCUUUACGUACCAGCCAAAGUUGGUGUAGAUGUAAUGACUCAAAUAUAUGAAGGAGAUCUUUUUGACUUUGAUUUAGAAGUUACGCCAAUAUUAGAAGUUUUAAUUGGUAAAACAAUUGAACAAUCUUUACUUGAAAUUGCGGAAGAAGAAGAACUAGCUAGUAUACGUGCUCAACAGAAUGCUUUUGAAGAAAUACGUCAAGCUGAUCUUUUAGAGGUUGCUAGACUUACAGAACGUGAAAGACGCAUACAAGAAGAAAAAGAACGACGUAAAGCUCAAUUUCUAGCUGUAAUUGAACAAGAAAAAGAAUUGACUACAAAAGUUACUGCUCAAGCUUUUGCCAAAGCUUAUUUAGCUGAUUUACAAACACAUGUAUUUAAUAAUUUAACCGAAACGGGUUACUUUUAUGAUCCAAUUGAACGAGAUAUUGAAGAAGGAUUUUUACCUUGGCUUAUGGAACAAAUCGAUGAAGAACUUGAAUUAUGGAAUGAUGCUUGUCUAUUAUUAGAUGGAAUGAUUAGAGAAGUUAGUUUUAUGAUCUUAAGCUCUGCCUUAUAAACUGAUUUUCUCAAAUCUUUCCAUUUGGUUUAUAACAGAAAUUUAUCAUCCUGAUUGGAAAAUAGUUGAACUUGUUGAAAAUGAAUUUACGCUAGUAGGCCCCCCUGAAUUAAAAUUAUACAUAAAUUGAAUUACUAAACGUUUUUUUUGAACUGGCACUGAUUUAGAAAACACGAAGCUCUGGAUCUCUUCUCUACUCUGGUUCAUUAACUCCCUAGAAGUGCCCACCAACGAAAUUAAUACAAUCCGGUAAUAAUGUACUAUAGAGUUACCAAUUAGGAGUAUAACAACAAAGCUAUUUCAGAAAGUCUACAAUAAAUUUUCAUAUAAUUUACAUUAUCAAAUCAAUUAAUUAUUACUUAGGUUGUUCAGGAAAGACACCAUGAAUAUCGGCAAUUAGAACUAAUGGCCGCUGAAAUGGCGUUGAUGCAAGAAGCAGGUGCUGCUUUAACAGGUCAAUCAGACCAACCGGAACCACGUGAUGAGCUUACCGAAGAUAGCAAAAUUGAAAAUAUCAUUGAAUCUUCUUUUGAUAAAGAACCAGGAGAAGACGACGAAGAAGAGAAAACUGAAAAGGAUGACCGAAAUGAUGAAAGUGAAAUACAGGCGGAAGGGGAGAAAGAUGAAACGAAUAGUGAAAUGAAUGAUCAGAAUGGUGAUGAAAUAGAUGAAGAAUAAUGUCACGUUAACAAUCAGAAAUAAUAUUUGGUUACACUGAAUAACUGGGAUCUACAGAAUGUGAUUGCAUAUUUUAUCUUACGGAAACUAUAUGUACAAAUAUUAAAUAUUUAUUUACUUAAUGAAAUACAAUAGAAUGAGCGAAAAUAA